GGCUCCUCCUCGCCUCCCUUUCAGCAGUUCAGCGAAGCCGCCGCCUUCUCUCUCCGUUCGGUGCUGCCGCCGCUGUCUUUCUUCCGUAUGUGACUUCAUCUUGUUAUCGUAAAUUUCGUAGCUUGUUUUAUUAGGGUUCAUAAACUGCCCCCAAACCCACCUAUUUUUGGGUUGAUUCGUAUUUCUCCAAAUUGACCCAAUCCAAUCUGUGUACAGUUCUACUUCGGCCCAUUACUUAUACCCAAAAAGUAACGGAAGCUUCUUGCCCAAGCAUAUUUAUGGUCGUCUCUCACGAUUUUCUCUCUUAGUCCUGCCUUUUCAUCUCUCGCCCACCGCCAGCCCGCUAUUUCUCUUCGUACAUAACUUUGUGAUUGUAGGACACCACUAUGAAGAGUGUGCUGGCAAUUACCGAUGAUGCUGUUCUGGCUACAAGCGUUGUUAUUAAUGCUUUACAAGAGCUUGGGAAUGAAUAUGUUGAAAAUUGUGAUUCACAAAUAAUCACUCAAGCCUUUUCUCUAAAUAAGCUGCCUCUCGGAGCAUCAUCCAUGGAUGUUGUCAUUUCUAUCUGUAGAUCUGAUUUUCCAAGUGAUCGGUUGUGUGAGGAAAUCUCAAGAGUUCUGAAGCCUGAUGGGACGAUCCUUAUGUACAAGACUUCACAAUCUGUUGCAGUUGAGAAAGAUGAGUCCCUUGCCAUGGUGAGAAGAUUACUUUUGACAGGCUUUCUAGAAGCUCAAGUAACAGAGAAUAAAUUAGCUUCUCCAUCUGAUAUAGAGAAUUUCGUGAUAAGAGCGAAAAAGCCUUCUUGGAAGAUUGGCUCCUCUUUUUCUAUUAAGAAGUCGGCAAAAAGCUUACCAAAGAUUCAGCUUGAUGAUGAUUCUGAUUUGAUCGAUGAAGAUAGUUUAUUGACUGAGGAGGAUUUGAAGAAACCCCAGCUACCGUCAGUUGGUGACUGUGAAGUUGGCAGCACAAGGAAAGCUUGCAAGAACUGCUCUUGUGGUAGGGCUGAAGCAGAGGAGAAAGUAGAAAAACUGGGAUUGACUCCAGAUUUGUUGGAAAAUCCUCAAUCUGCAUGUGGCAGUUGUGGACUCGGAGACGCUUUUCGGUGCAGUACAUGCCCAUACAAGGGUCUUCCAGCAUUUAAACUUGGGGAGAAGGUGUCACUACCUGGGAAUUUCCUUGCUGCCGAUAUAUGAUAUGGUUUUUUUAUUCCGGGGGGGGUUGCAAAAAGUGGGAUAAUGACCUUUGAAGGUUGCCAUCAUUGAUGGCUAGUAGCUUUACAAUAUCUUCAAGCUGUGCAUCCGGCAUUCGGUUGUUGGAUGUCCUGGUUGGUUUAGCUAAGCCAUGUUACCAUUACUACUGAUUUGAAACAUCUUAUAAAUGGUUUGGUGAAAAGAAGGACGAUUAUAUGAUUUACCUACUAGCUGUAGUAACUUAUAGGGUCUCCCAUUACUUGAAAGAGAAA